UUUAUUUUUAUCAGCCAUAAUCAUGCCUCAUUGGGACUGGUUGUAAAAACUGAAAAGCAAACGUUGUUUAAUUUUGCCAGAUUACAUAUUUUGCUUUUUUUUUUACAGCUCAGUUUUUUGUGUUAUUGGAGUGGCACCAAACGGAAUGGGGUGUGGGCGGUUCAUUUGAACUAUGAUUAUUUUCUUUCAAGGAUUAAUCUAUUCAAAAUAAGGGAAUUUGGUCUUCUGGAUGUCCUUGAAAGGCUUUCGCCAAACAUCGCCUCGGGGAUCUCUACUGUAAUUGCUUUCUAUUUGUUGUAACAAAUCAGAACUGUAGAUCAAAACCGAGCAACAGAGAUUAGGACCUACUGCCGCCCGGACGGAGAAAACCACCAAGGGGGCCAUGCAAAGGGAGGACGUUUUAAUCAUUUAUCAACUAUUUAGACAGUCCGUCAUCAAUGGGAUUAACCUCUGCUAUCUCGAGUAACUCGCCAUCCACCUCCGUAGCUACCAAUUUCGGGAAAAAUAACGUUUCAAUAAUCAAGUGGAAUUAGGGAAAACGUUUCAGCGCCCCCAGUUCGCCUAGCACUGACAGUUCCACGACUGGCGUGGGUCGAACACGCUCAGACGCGCCGCGACUGAAACAAGGAUCCGCAUCUGCUAAGGGAGCAAUCCUCUCCUCGCCGCGUAACAAAAUUUGAAGCCUCUCCCUUUACCAAGUGAAGGGACAUCAUCGGACAUCGUUGAAUUGAAAUGACACCACAACCCAACCUUUAAACGAGCUCUCGCGCACGCGUGUGUCCUGCCGCUGGUAUUAUUUUUUUAUCUUAACACUGAGGGCGAAAGAAGGCAAAACAGGCAACUCGUCGGUCUCCCAAGUUUUCAGGUGUCGGGUCGCAGUGGAGGGAGCGAGCGGCGAUGGCAGCCCCGGUGACAGCAGCGCUCGCUCUCCUGGUUCUCACCGUGGCAACUGCCUUGGGCGCAGAGAUCGAGGAACGACUGGUGACCCACCUGUUGUCUCCAGAACGCUACAAUAAACUGAUCAGGCCUGCCGUCAACAAGAGCCAACAGGUCACCAUCCAUAUCCUGGUGUCCCUGGCCCAACUCAUCAGUGUGAAUGAGAGGGAACAGAUAAUGACCACCAACUGCUGGCUGACCCAGGUGUGGAAUGACUACAGGUUGACAUGGGACCCAGAAGAGUACGAAGGCAUCAAGAAGGUCCGCCUCCCAUCCCAACACAUCUGGCUGCCUGACAUUGUCCUCUACAACAAUGCGGAUGGGAACUACGAGGUGUCGUUCUACUCCAAUGCUUUGAUCUCCAACAACGGGGAGGUCAACUGGCUUCCGCCCGCCAUCUACAAGUCGGCCUGCAAGAUCGAGGUCCGUGACUUCCCCUUCGACCAGCAGAACUGCACGCUAAAGUUCCGCUCCUGGACAUACGACCGCACGGAGAUCGACCUGAUUCUGCUCAGCGACUACGCCAGCCGGGACGACUUCAAGCCCAGCGGCGAGUGGGACAUCGUGUCCCUCCCGGGGCGCAAGAACGAGGACCCCUCGGACCACACCUACCUGGACAUCACCUACGACUUCGUCAUCAAGAGGAAGCCGCUGUUCUACACCAUCAACCUCAUCAUCCCCUGCGUCCUCAUCACAUCGCUGGCCAUCCUGGUCUUCUACCUGCCCUCCGACUGCGGCGAGAAGAUGACCCUGUGCAUCUCCGUCCUCCUGGCCCUCACCGUCUUCCUCCUGCUCAUCUCCAAGAUCGUGCCGCCCACCUCCCUGGCCGUGCCGCUCAUCGGGAAGUACCUAAUGUUCGCCAUGGUGCUGGUCACGUUCUCCAUCGUCACCAGCGUGUGCGUGCUCAACGUGCACCAUCGCACGCCCUCCACGCACACCAUGCCCCCCUGGGUGAAGCGCCUCUUCCUGCACCGCCUCCCCUCCUUCCUGUUCAUGCGCCGGCCCGGCAGCUCAAACAUCCGCGAGAGGUUUCGCCAGAGGCACCGCCGGCGUUCCUGCUCCGACUCGAAGCUGAGAGACGGGGCGGCGGUGGGCGUCGCGGGGGGGGUGGGGGUGGCGGGGGGCUCCGGGAUAGGCGGGGCGGACUCUUUCUUCAUCAACGAGGAGUCGGCCAAGCGGUUCGGCUGGAAGAUCAGCGACAUGUCGGAGAACACCGAGUUCAGGAAGAGGAUGUCGGUGAAGUGCCACGCCGACGUGGAGGAGGCUGUGGACGGGGUGCGCUACGUCGCUGAGAAGAUGAAGAGCGAGGAUAACGAUGAGGGGGUCAUCGAGGAUUGGAAGUACGUUGCCAUGGUGAUUGACCGGCUGUUCCUGUGGAUCUUUGUGCUGGUCUGCAUUACCGGGACUUUGGGGCUGUUCAUGCAGCCCCUGUUCCAGAGCUAUAACACGCCCACAGCGGACGACCUGGAGCAGAACUGACCUUUGAUCUACGACCUUGACCCUGAUCGAUCCCGUCCCCCCAGCACCCACGUGGGGUACAACCCCCAGCAGACAAAACGGCUAUUUACCAACACCCUGAAACAAAAAACGUGUUAAUUCACAUCCUCACGUACCCACAGCCCACCUUGCCUUAUUUGAGUUUUAAAUGUGUGACUGUCUGUUAACACAUCAGUGUUUUAUUACUGUCCCCUACGAUGAGUUCGGACAGGUGACUUCAGAUCGGUCUGUCCAUAUAGAACCGUCUGUAGACACCACUGCCACGACUUUGUUUAAACUGGGUAGAUGAUGCUUCUUGCCAUACAGAUCCAGCAUUUACAAAAUUACACUAACAUGCAAGACGGAUUUGAAUCUGCUAUGGGAACACCCCUCUAACCCCUUUUUACCUAAUGUCUUGAAAUUUGGUUCUUCUCAUGAGAAUUCAACUUGCCUCAAGGACUAAUAGUGUCUGCCUUGAUGGAUGUUCAAAACGCUACUCAGCUGGCACCAAAUGACUGAUCUGCCCAAAAAUUGUAUAGAUUAAUACCUAAAACAUUAGUACCUAAAACGUUAGUACUUAAAAUGUUUAUCCGUCGAACAAUAAACACGUACCUGGGCAGGUUCAGGCCCGUCAGUGCACAUAAUACAAACCAGUCAGGGAUAUUUGUAUUGUAACAAGAUUUAGAUUUAUGUUGCCUAUACUGUCCAGACUCGACAAUCGCGCAAACGUUCAUAUCCAUGUUCAUAUCAAUUCAUAUCAAUGCACCUGUUUAUGUCUCAGACUCUGUUUCAGUCCAAGUAAUACAUUUUUGUGCCCAUGCUGAGAGGCAUGCUAACCACGACAUCUCAGACACAACUGGUCUGAAUUUGACCGCAUUCGUAGAAUUCUGGCGUAUACAAAUUUACAUGGAUGUGUGUGCGCGCGUGUGCGCAUGUGUGCGCGUGUGCGCGCUCGUGUGUGUAUGUGUUGGAGGGGCAGCGGGCAUAUCUCCUUGUUUGUUAGGUCUUGUCUUUUGUAUGUACGCCAGGAAGACUAGCUGCUGCUUCAGAAAAGGCAAAUGGGAAGAUAAGUAACAAAUAAACCAUGCCAACAAAGGCCACCUAAACAUUCUCUGCUACCGUCGUUUAGGUAGCAGAAUGACUACACCCCCAUACCAUCACCCCGCCCCCCUACCCCCGCUUCUUGAGAUUUCUUAAUUUAGCUUGGUAAGGAGGAAUCCUUACCAAGUGUGUGUUAAGGUCCAAAGACCUUAACACACGCAAAAAUGCACGCACGCACACACACACACACACAACACAUUUUAUUCUGACCUGAAGACAACGACAAAGCCAUAUGUUUUUUGCUACAGAGAUGGAUAGCUGUCCUGUAAAGCUCAGGCAGACAUGUUAGGAAGUCUUGUCUUGAGACAGAGCCGGAGAGACACAUUCAUUUGGACAGCAGGCUUGUCAUUGUGUUGUGAAACAGGAAGCCUUGAAGCUGGGUGAGUACUGUACAGUAUCUGGGACUGCUAAUGUGUGUUGUGUGAGUACUGUACAGUAUCUGGGACUGCUAAUGUGUGUUGUGUGAGUACUGUACAGUAUCUGGGACUGCUAAUGUGUGUUGUGUGUGUACUGUACAGAAUCUGGGACUGCUAAUGUGUGUUGUGUGAGUACUGUACAGUAUCUGGGACUGCUAAUGUGUGUUGUGUGAGUACUGUACAGUGUCUGGGACUGCUAAUGUGUGUUGGGUGAGUACCGUACUGUUUCUGGGACUGCUAAUGUGUGUUGGGUGAGUACUGUACAGUAUCUGGGACUGCUUCAGGUGGUCUGUUGCUUGAUGGACUUUUCAUAGUGCUUAAAUAAUUUUUUUGAACAGUCAGGUUCACAUGUAUUAUAUUUUGUUCCAGAAGAUUUGUAUUAUUCUUCUGUGUGGAGAGAAAGGAGGAAACUAUGUUCAGUAGCUACAACGCUAACACAAAAUGACCAUGAAGCUUUUGUCACUUCCCUUUGCUUCUCUUGAAGGUGCAGAAAGUUGGAUUUGGUAAAGCUGUGUUUGUUUGCGCAACGUUUGCCAGAAACAUCAGCAUUACGUACAAUGUUUGAUAAACACAAACCCCACUAGCAAAAUGGUGAAACUGAAAAGCUUUUGUCAUUACCGUAGCCAUCUCGUGGGGCUGGUAUAAACUUUGCUUUAUAUUAUUCCAAAUUCUUUUACCCAACUCUGUGUUCAUUAUUUCUUGAAUUAAUUGUCACUGUUAUAUAUUCACUCUAUCACUGCUGUUAAGACUAGCCAAAACGAAAGAUGUUUCCGAUGCCAAGUAAGAUGUGAGUUAAUUCUUAUCUCAUGUGGGGGGGGGUUUCAGUGAGAAGAAAAAGAAAGAAGGGUCUGUGUAAUUUUCGUUUCACAGGCCAGUUCUGUGACCUGUUAUUGUUUGUCUUCCUGGACUGAUGUAUUCUGGGUGAAGCUGAGGCUAACAUAAAGUAAUGAUGCAGGUGUCAUGUUGAAGGGAUCAAUAAAGCAAAUUAAAGUAGG